ACACUUUGCUCCAUUCCCCAUGACUAGCCCCGGCGGCGCCGCUCUCCUGCGGCACGCAGCCGUCGCCGUGCUCCGCACAGCGGAGGCCGCCGGCAAGGUUUCCGCAGGCAUGGCAAUCCACGCGCGGAUGGUUAGAUCCACCCAUUUCGAUGUCAUCCUGCACAACCACCUCAUCUCCUUCUAUGUCAAGUGCGGCCGCCUCGGCCUUGCCCACCAGGUGUUCGACGCAAUGCCCUUGCGGAACCCGGCCUCCGGGAACCUCCUCAUGUCCGGCUACGCUUCCUCUGGCCGCCACAGGGAUGCUCUUGCUCUGCUCAGGGCGGCCGACUUCAGCCUGAACGAGUACGUUCUCUCGACCGCCGUGUCCGCGACGGCCCAUGUCCGGAGCUAUGACAUGGGGAGGCAGUGUCACGGACAUGCUAUCAAGUCUGGGCUGUCGGAGCACCCCUACGUUUGCAAUGCGGUUCUGCAUAUGUACUGCCAGUGCGCGCAUGUGGAGGAUGCAGUUAAGGUGUUCGAGAGCGUAUCCGGUUUCAACGCGUUCGCGUUCAACUCGAUGAUAAAUGGGUUUCUUGACAAGGGGAAGUUUGACGCUUCGGUCGGUAUUGUGAGAAGCAUGGUUGGAGAAGUUGAGCAGUGGGAUCAUGUGUCGUAUGUCGCAGUUCUUGGGCAUUGUGCUAGCACCAAGGAGUUGCUGCUUGGCCGUCAAGUGCAUGCCCAAGCGUUGAAGAGGAGGCUCGAGCUGAAUGUGUAUGUUGGCAGCGCGCUGGUUGAUAUGUAUGGGAAGUGUGACUGUGCCUGUGAUGCUCAUUCUGCGUUCGAGGUUUUGCCGGAAAAGAAUGUUGUUUCUUGGACAGCUGUUAUGACUGCCUAUACCCAAAACGAGCUGUUUGAAGAGGCGUUGCAGUUGUUCUUAGACUUGGAAAUGGAAGGUGUCCGGCCAAAUGAGUUCACUUAUGCUGUGGCUCUCAACAGUUGUGCUGGUCUUGCAGCCUUGAAAAAUGGCAAUGCAAUUAGUGCCUCUGCUAUGAAAACUGGGCAUUGGGGUGCUCUAUCUGUCUGUAAUGCCCUCAUUAAUAUGUACUCCAAAAGUGGCAGCAUCCAGGAUGCAUGGAGAGUCUUCCUUUCUAUGCCAUGCCGUGACGUGGUCUCUUGGAAUUCCAUCAUAAUAGGCUAUGCUCAUCAUGGUCUUGCUAGAGAAGCCAUGUGCGUAUUUCAUUAUAUGUUGGGUGCUGAAGAAUCCCCAUCUUAUGUCACCUUUGUUGGGGUGCUGUCAGCUUGUGCUCAGCUGGGUCUUGUAGACGAAGGAUUGUACUACUUGAAUACUAUGAUGAAGGAAAUGGGAAUAAAACCUGGAAAAGAGCACUACACUUGUAUGGUUGGUUUGCUGUGCAGAGCUGGACGGCUAGAUGAGGCGGAACAAUUCAUAUUGAGUAAUUAUAUCGGGGCAGACGUUGUUGCAUGGAGAUCACUUUUAGGUUCUUGCCAGGUAUAUAAAAACUAUGGUCUUGGUCAUCGAGUAGCAGAGCAGAUCCUUCAGUUGAAGCCCAGUGAUGUAGGAACCUAUGUUUUGCUUUCUAACAUGUAUGCAAAAGCAAACCGAUGGGAUGGUGUUGUCAAGGUGCGGAAGCUGAUGAGAGAGAGGGGUGUUAGAAAAGAGCCUGGUGUUAGUUGGAUUCAAGUAGGAAGUGAGGUCCAUGUUUUCACAUCAGAGGACAAGAAUCACCAAUGGAUAAACCAGAUCACCACAAAACUCAAAGACUUGAUAGAUCAGAUUAAAGUGAUUGGAUAUGUUCCAAAUUUUGGGGUUGUCCUACAUGAUGUUGAGGAUGAACAAAAGGAGGAGCACCUUAUGUAUCACAGCGAGAAAAUGGCUCUUGCAUUUGGCCUUAUUCACAGUCCCGAAGGAGCAACUAUCCGUAUAAUGAAAAAUCUUAGGAUAUGUGAUGAUUGCCAUGUUGCUAUCAAACUCAUAUCACUUGUGACAGCAAGAAGAAUAGUUGUAAGGGAUACCGUUCGCUUUCAUUGUAUAGAAGAUGGAGUAUGCUCAUGUGAUGACUAUUGGUGAUCCAUAUCUUGGUUAUCAAAAGCUGGUAACAAAGCUACUUGAAUCGGCUCCAGAUCACACGUGAUGCUAUGGACAUCAACAUGGGUAUGUCGUCUUACUAUAAUUUGUAGAUCUAUGAAGGAUUUUCAUAACUGAAAAACUCCUUUUGCCUGACCAAAUAGAGCUUAUGAGGAAUUCACCUGUAAAUAUGUGAGUGCUACCGCAGCAACAGUGUCUCUGUUCACUAUCUUUGAUCAAGUAAUGGAUCAGACAUACUGUAUAUAACAUUUAGUUUACAAACAUAUACCAAAAUAGUUCAGAAGUAACAUUUUUUUCCACACUUAAUGUUAAUUGAAUGAUGAAGUUUGUCAAUAGAUGUGUCUGGCUAGAUUUAUAUAGAAUUCAUAGAGCUGUUCAAGAGGUCAAUUUGUUUUUGCAAAUAAUGUUCUUCCUUAACUUGGCUGCAAAAUAUGCUUGCAAUUUGGAUCUGUGAUCUCAAAACUUGGGGGCAGCAACUCUUUUGUUGCAUGAUCCACCACAGGUGAGGUCUGUUUCCCUAUUAUCAGAAGUUAUCGUCUACGUUCAAGUAAGCAAUCACAAGGAUGACUGCUCAUGUAUACAUUUUGUGCACAGUUUCUUGCUUCUACAUGUAGUUUUUCAGCAGAAACUGGCCUUUUAUCCGUGAAGGUUUUCCAGCAAGCAUGAUGUUUAUAGUGUUCUUAUCUUGAUUUGUAUGCAUGCUGACUGCUUCGCUGCAGUACUGUCUUACUUUUUGAAAGCUUGACAUGUUGCUUCUGUGCUAGAAAUGUAGAUUGUGUUGAUCUGAAUGCAUUGUUGCACUUUCAUGGGAACAAAGUAAAGUGUUGCGCGUAAUCUAUUUUUUGUCAGAUUGAUCCUAGCAUGCUGAUGUUCAGCAAUCCUCCAGAUUACAUAUAUUUUAUGCUGCAUCAAAUUUUCAGAUCUUGAUUCAUUUUGUGCGCGUAAUCUCUUUUGAGUUAUUUUGCUGCUGCUGAGCAUGGUUAUGUUAACUGAAUGGUGUUCAUCUUGACAAGAGAUUUACAUCUCAGGUCACUUGCUCGCUACUCCUCUGCUCUCUCCUUCCCUGCCGCUCAGGUCUACCUGGCAGCUGCCACGAAGACGCUGGAGGCCGCACUGGUGAAAGAGCAAGACCUUGUCUUGGAUGCUGGCCCCACCGGGAAGGUCGGCUUCCGGACUGUUAGUUAUAGGCCCUGCCAUUGGCUUCGACUACUUCAUCCUUUCACCUCUGUCCUCACUGCCAUGCAACAGCAGCGAGCGGUGGCCUUCCUCUACAUCCCUGGUUUAGGUGAGUUUCUGCUUCUCCUCUUCUGUCCUCUAGGUGCUCUGUGAUACCAUGGAUAUGGAGCCAUGGUUGUUCUGUGCUUCGGCCACCGAGAGCCGAUGAUAUCCUAAUUGCUAGUGAUGGUAUACUUUCUAGGAUUUGGUUGUUGUUAGAGACUAACAGGGACGGCCGGAGAAGAAGAGGAAGAAGGCCAAGAUGUCCGAAAAGCUCACCGGCAAGAUCGUCGGCGGCAGCACGGAGUUGCUACGUGCAAGAGGAGCUAAACCUAAGCUCUGAUACCAUGUUGGAGAAUGGCAACUAGUAUUCAGAGAGGGCCAUAUGCCAGUACAUGUACAUGUGAGACAAUGUGCAGGUAAGCCCCUCAUACACUGGGGAAUAUAGGAAAAGAGACUAUACAACUCUAACAGUUGUAAGUUUGUAACACAGACGAGUACUGCUUUGGUUCCUUCUAUGUGAUAUAGGAGGGGUUCGAUUUAAUUGCUAGUGGUAUGCUGAUCUUUUGUGUGUAUAUCACUAUGCUGCUGGUGAGUUUUAUAAUUUGCUACUGUCAGUAAUGUUCUCUGUUCUGGUAUUUCCCUUGAUAGGAAUUGAUUAUCUUCACGUGGUUUAUCAUUUAGUAUCCAUGCAUGCCCAGUGCAUGCCCAAAUCCUCAGUUUGUUUUUAAAUAAUCCUCAGAUCAUCGAGCUCAUGUAUUAAGACGUGUGUCUGAUUUAGUUAGUUGAAAUAUUGAGAUAUGACACUCAAAUUUGCUAAUGCUUGCUUGCUGCUGGUUGUCUCUUAUUCUUACAUAUACAAAGAUUGUUCCUAGACCUGUAUGCAUGGUAUAUGAGUUUUUCGUUGCUACAUGCUUUUAGCUUACAUGGUUGCCUUGAAAUGUGGACAGGGUGAUGUGUUGAUUCUGAAUGAUGGAGAUCACCACCUGACCCUGCAACUGAUGGAACCAGAAGAGGCUGAUCAUCUCCACCUGUGUGCCAAGGAGUGCUGAAGUUAGCGAGCGAAGAUUAGGUGGGUUCCUGGUUCCUCCUUUAAACAGGGAGAUGCAAAUGAAAUCUGCUUGUGGGCUUUAUUUGGUUGACAUUAGUAAAUGUCGACCUUAAACCGGAUUUUUAUCUAGUAUGGGCUUCAUCUGGAGCUUGAGAUCGAU